AUGUAUGCCAAGUGCAUUUUUGAGGACCCGAGUCUCAACAGUGCCCGAGGCACUAUUUUGGUUGUUUUGGGCCCGAUGGGCGCCGGCAAAUCUCAAUUUUCGCAAGCCGUUCUUGGAGAGUCCAACAUAUCGGUCGGCUCUCCUCACGCCGACAACGGAAGUAUUGCAUACUGCGGGGAAGACAUGUGGCUCGAGCACGGCACACUUGAUGAUAGCAUUAUUGACAGUGUGACUCGCUUCUAUAUAGAACGACCAUCGCAAGACUGCUGUCGCGAUCCUAACAGCUUACUCGGCUACGAUGGCAUUCUUCGCAAGCGAGAGACGACGGUGCUGCUCGCCACGUAUCUGAAAACGACGACUGGCACCAUCUCGCGACCGCGUUCGUUUCUGCGCGAGACGCCAGUCGAGCCGACAAAGAGCGCGAUCUCGCCCAAGAUAAGGCCGCGCACCACACCGCUUCUGGAUCCACACGGAUCCGACAGCAUCACAAAGACGACGCGCUGCAAAGCAUUCAUUAACAAUUUGUGCGUCUGGAAGCCCGUGCCCAGCGCCCUCGGUGGCCUCGACGCGUUGCUGGCCGCCGAGGCCGCCGCGCGCCCCAUCAUGGCCGAAGAGCUCGCGGGCUGCACCGUGCUGAUGGUUGCGCACCGCGGCGCGGGGCCCAUAGGCUCGGACUUGCGUGUCAAUAUGGCGUGCGGGCGCAUCUGCACAGCCACAAAGGACAGGAAACAAGGCGACGACGACGAUGACGACGAAGGAAUGGCUGUGGGAGAACGCCGGGGGAACGCGAUGUAG